GACAUUUCAUUGACAGUUCAACACCUGAACAAUGUGAGGUUAUCUAGACCGUGUGGUGCUCAACCAAAACAAUUUAGUUUAACACAGCCAUGGACUUCUGGCGAGACACCCUGGGGGCCCCCACCAAAAUAGUAGCCCCCAUGGUGGACGCCAGCGAACUGCCUUGGAGACUCCUCAGCCGAAAAUACGGGGCUCAGCUGUGCUACACCCCCAUGCUGCACAGUGCUAUUUUCGCCAAGGACUCCAAAUACCGGAACGAGGCUUUAGCGUCGUGUGACUCAGACAAACCUUUAAUUGUUCAGUUUUGUGGGAACGACCCCAAGAUCAUGCUGGAGGCGGCUUUACUGGCCCAGGACCACUGCAGCGCGAUCGAUAUUAAUUUGGGGUGCCCCCAGGCCAUCGCAAAAAGGGGGCACUAUGGGGCUUUUUUGCAAGAUGAAUGGCCUUUGCUUCACGAAAUGGUUAGUUUAUUGAGUUCUAAGGUCAAAGUACCGAUUACUUGUAAAGUGAGAAGGUUUGAGAGUGUGGAGAAGACGGUUAGUUAUGCUAAAAUGUUAGUGUCAGCUGGGUGUAAAAUGUUGACGGUCCAUGGGAGGACAAGGGAGCAAAAAGGACCCUUGACGGGGCUCGCUGAUUGGGGCUAUGUAAAGGCAGUGAGGGAAGCUGUUGAUAUUCCGGUCAUUUCUAAUGGGAAUAUCCAGUGUAUGGAAGAUGUGGAUAGGUGCCUUGAAGAAACCGGCGCUGUUGCUGUGAUGACAGCCGAAGGGAAUUUAUACAAUCCAGCCUUAUUUAUGCGGCAGAAUCCACCAGCGUGGGUGCCUGCUUUAGAAUAUCUGGAUCUCGUGGAUCAAUAUCCUUGUCCUAUGUCAUACAUCCGGGGGCAUUUAUUUAAAUUGUUCCAUCAUGUGUUGUCCAUUCCAAGUAACAAUAAUUUGAGAAUUCAGUUAGGGGCUGCCAAUAACAUGGGCGAAUUUAGGCGAAUUAUCAAUGUUAUUAAAGACAUGUAUGAGCCAUUUCACGAAGGAGAGAGCUUAUGGACCGACACCACUGAGGCCAAUUGUGAAAAUUUAGUUCUUCCACCGUGGUUAUGCCAACCAUACGUGCGCGCAUGCCCUGAAGAACACCUAAAGAAAAUGGAAGAAAAUUCAAACAAGCAGGAAUCCAAAAGACACUAUGAAGACAGCGAAGGUAACCAGAUCAGUAGAAAGCGGAUGAAGAAACUGCGAAGAAUCGGUAGAAGACCGCAAAAACUCGAGUCUUUGCAAUCCGAAAGGUCUCUGCUCAAAUGUGCAAAAUGCGUUAACCCAUUAGGCUCUAAAUGUGUGUAUCAGCUUUGCAAGAAGUGUUGUAAAAAUAAGUGUUACGUUGAAAAUCUAGACUGUGCUGGUCACAGGGUUCUGGUUAAAACGAGGCGAGAAAUGGCGAAAUUUCACGCCAGCAAAAAGAAUUCUGAGCUUAUUGAUGUGUCUUAACUUCAACAAAAAAUAUAUUUUUGUAUAAUU